AUGGCUCAAGUUACUGGCCUCGAUCCUGAGGCCUCUGUCACGUCGGGCAAUGGCGCUUCCUAUCCUCGCACAGUCCCUCCGGGUUUUUCUUCUCCCUCUGCAUCUGAUUUUGCGUCUGCAUCUGGCUCCAAGAGGCUGAACCGAAGUUCGUACCAGAACCUACCGCGCUCGAGCUCCCAGUUCCAAACACAAGCACGUACCCGGCUAAGAGCAAAGUCUGCGUCAAACCUGUCUGCCCGACCCAGUCAGGACCAGGACCAGGACCAGGACGUGCGAUUCAACGACGACACUUUUAUCGGCGAGAAGGAAGACGACGGCGAACCGCAUGAUGGCAUUGCAGAGCUAAUUGACUUCCUGAGGAAUCACAGCCCGCCGUCUGGUAACUUUAUGUCUAUCCCUGACGAUAUCUCCCCCGAAGACAGGGGGCGAUGGUACAGGCUACGGAAGCUAGGCAAGAGAGGCAAAUCAUUUUCCAAGUCGCCUCAGACAAUUCGCCUCCCAGACUCAGCUAUCUCAGGCACCACGAUAGGGGGACACAGGCAUAUCGCAAUAUCUAUCCCCUUGGACGCCUCGCCCUUUGGUCGAACACCUAGGUCUCAGUAUCCUGUUUACCAGCAAAGAAACGCCAGACCCCUUAGUUCCCAGUACGGUCCCACGAGAGCCGUCGUGAACGACAAGGGUGUCGUGACAGUAUUGCGCACCGUCAAGGAGGAUCGGGAGACGAGUCCUUCAGUGAGCCCAGCAAAUUCUCAGCUCCUUCUGUCUUCGGUACCCCAAGGACCUUCGAAUACCACAACUGGAGGACGAUUUCAUCCGGGGACUAUUAAUAGCAGCAACCAGACAAGGUCACCAGAGCACUCGAACGUUAUGGCGACACCUCCUCCAAGGGUCGUCUCCUCAGAGCAAGUCAGACAAACUAAUGAGCAGUCCGGAGGAUUUCAAAACCAUGAGCAAGGCAAUACGUCCGCAACGAACCCGACUCAGCAUGAGCGAGCUCCGUCACGAAACUCUAACUCAGCAGGGGGUCGCUUCGUACAUCUCGGUGACCUGUCGAUCGACACCAUGAUGUCUCAGCCAGUAACGACGGAUAUCAAGUCAGAAUCUACUUCAUCUGCCCGUCCUGUCUCCCGAGACGGAUCCUACCAGCAUUCACUCUCUAAAAGCAUCAUGACUACAAGCGACAACGACCCUGUGGUUGCAGAGGCCAGGCCAGUCGAGGCGAAGUCUGUUGCAGCCAGAGAGUCGCGUAUACGACCGCCAGCUAAGCAGUCUGGUGAACACCAUGUUACUAUCAUCACGAAAAGCCCGCUUCGUGUAUCUCGGGACUAUUCUACCCAAAAAGGUAGCGAGGAGUCACCCUCUUCGUCGUCCAAAUCACCCCAAAAUCGUCGCGACAAAGUAAGGGACAAGAAGAAGAGGGACCUUGAAGCUGCUUCUUCGAAGCGACGCAGUAUGCUGGUCAAUACGCCAGAACCCAAGCAGGAAUCUGACCAAGAUACCCUUCAGGAGAUGCCUGAGGAUGAUGCGGAUGAGCCCCCGCCUGUCCCUUUGAAAUCACCCCAGAGACAGAGUAUCUGUCCUAUUAUGGUCGUCGCAAACGUUACGCCAUCGCCUCCUCCAUCAACUAGCAUCAGCACCUUUCCCGAGAAGAGGGACAGCGCGGAUUCCGAAACCAUCAAGCCUCUCUCAAAAUCCAAAUCGGGUGGAGUCAGCUUCCUAAUUGGAGACGAAGACACAGCCAGCCGGCCAAUUUCACCCUCUCCCGUUUCUUACAUGAACGGAUCUCCAACACCGCCUCAGUCAGCUCGAUCAUCGCCAACUCACGAGCAGAGGUCUCAAGACCGAACCUCUCUCUCGCGACGUCGGGAAUGGAACGCCGCACGAGAUAUUGAGCGCAAGCGUAAAGAAGCGGCAUCCAGCAGCAGCCCCCAACCCAGAGCGAGAAGAGCGACUACAGGCCGAGACGAAAAUGAUGACAAGACAACUGGUGCAGAGGUUCUUCGACGAUACGAAGCAUACCGGGAGUACCGUAUCAGGGAGAUGGAACGCCGUGUUCGACGACUAGAGCGCAACGGAGACGUAUGGCUACGAGCGCUUGUGCCAGUACUAGACAACCUCAACCGCACACUUGCCAGCUCUCAGGAUGAUAAGACCAGCAAAGCACAGGGAUGGGUCUCUGACGACGAUGACAAAUCAAAAUCGCCAAAGCCAUCGCCGAUUAGGCCAUCGAGUCGAGGUCGGAUGAUGACCAGGGCAGGCACAUCGGAGCGAGAAUUCCUGGAGCAACUUGUGAAGACAAGGGAGGAACUUGAAGCUGGGAGCAUCAGUGACGACAUGAGCGGAUUCGAUACCAUUGAACCUCUCAUGAGGGAAUUGGCUGGACGAUCUCGACUGAGCUUUGAAGCACGAUCAUUGGGAAUGGACGACGAGGGAUUGCUGCAAUCACUCUCCCAUUAG